CUUCUCUCACCUUUGGAAAGCUCAAAGACCGAGCCGAUUGGUGGUGAUUCUUCCCUUCCGACGGCCAAAAAUAGAUCUGAUCCACCAAGGACAUCGCCAUGGCCGACUCCAACGCUGCGAGGCUGUCAGAGGAGGUCCUCCAGGAGCUCAGCAACACCGAGUAUGCGUGUUCCAACCUGCAACCCCUCUCCGGUGGCACCGCCAACUUCAUAUUCAAGGGCACUCUCAUCCAGCCUCUCGCGAACGGCACGAAAGAGGUGGCCGUAAAGCACGGCGAGGGCUACGUCGCCUCGGUCCCGGGCUUUCGGAUCCCCACUACCCGCUGCCGAGCCGAGGUAGAAUGCCUGAAAUCCAUCGGUGGGCUCGCACUCACCAAGGGGCCAUAUGCUGUCCGAGCGCCCAAACUCUACUACUUCAACCCGGAUACCAACACGCAAAUUCAAGAGUAUCUCCCCGGGGCGUUGAGCCUGAAGGACUAUGCUCUCAGGCACUUCUCGUCCCCAGACCCGUCGAGGAAGCCACUCUGCUUGGAACUGGGACGGAGCCUGGGCGCGUGGCUGCGCGAGUUCCACGCCUGGGCGUCCCUCCCGGAGCAGGCCGAGUUGAGAGAGGAGCUGAAGUCGAACGAGCCGAUGCAGAAGAUCAAGCACAUGGCCAACUACCAAACCCUGGUCGGCACCGUCUCCAACUUCCCGUCGAUCCUUGGCGAGGCACAGGAGACUUUCGAGAAGAUCAAGGACGCAACGGCAAAAGAACUCGAUAGGCCAGAUCUGCAGAUCAUCCAUGGGGAUUUCUGGACGGGAAACGCUCUUCUGCCGGACCGGCCCCUGGAGAAUGGCGACCAGCUGCCAGUCUUCAUUGUGGACUGGGAAAUGUGCCAGUUCGGACUUCCGCCGCUCGACCUUGGCCAGAUGAUUGCCGAACUCUACGAGCUCUCGCUCUUUAAGAACAUGGACGAGGGUAAAUGGCUGAUUGAAGGAUUCACGGCUGGAUACGGCUGCGUUGACGAUGACUUCGCCUUGCGCACUGCGCUCCAUGUCGGCACCCACCUCGUCGCCUGGGGCUCGCGCGUUGCCGGCUGGGGUUCCGAGGCGCAGGUGCAGCAUGUAGUCGGCCUGGGGAAGGACAUCAUCCUCCGUGCCUGGGACAAGGACCGUGUCUGGUUUGAGGGCGGCGACCUGGCUUGUUUGUUCACCAAGCACUGAUCUGCGCCAUCAACCAUGGCACGGCCGGGAGUGGUGCUUGGAGAGCGAGAGCGCCCAGGUCCACGCGACGCUAGAGAAUCACUAAUCGGAAUUACCACACACCCCAGUAACUAUGUACACUGGGAAGUUCAAAAGACGGUCCCGAGACGCCGGAAGUAUGGUCUCGGUCACUCGAUCGAAAGAGAAAGGCAUCGGCUCGUUCAUACUUCCGAGAUAAUCACCAGGAGCGUUCGCCACAGUCCACUGCCUG